AUGGCAAAUAUUGAACAUACUUAUUGUAGAUUCUGUGCGGAGCCCAAAGCUUCUGAUAAAGUAUUGAAGUUAAUUAAAAAUGAUGAGAAAUAUGAAGAAAUAAUGGAUAAAUUGGCUUUCCUAAAUGCUGUUUACGUUGAUGUUUCUAGUAGUGACAAUAUAUUGCCCAAGACUGUUUGCUUUGUGUGUUAUGAUUCCUUGAAUAAAGCUUACGAUUUUCUCGAAAAAGUCAAGCGUUCCCAGGAUGUUCUCUCAACUAUGUUCUCAAACAACAUUCGCCCGAAGCUUGAUCUGUCUGAUGAUGAUAGAAUGGGUUUUGAUGACUACGCCCCGCCAGAUUCAGAUGUAGAAGUUUCAGCGCUGGUAAAAGAUGAAGGUGCUGUUGCAGAAGAUACGAAAUUAACAUUACUAAAUGUGUCCAAUGAUUGUGACAGUUCCUUUCAAGUUAAAGAGGAACCAAUAGAAGAUUCAAUUAGAGCCGGUAAUGUUACAAAAAAUACUGCUAUGGAUGCAGCAAAUAGUCCGUCCAGUUUAAACUAUGACAAUACUCUCAAUGUUAAAGAUAUACUUGAUGCAACUAUAUGUAACAUGCCCUAUUAUGCACCAGAUGUAACAAUAUAUGCUAAAGAAGUGACAGAUGAAAGGAAAAGGGCAAUCCCACAGUGGAAGAGCUAUCCAUGGAUAUGUGCUCACUGCAAUAUGGAGUUUCUUGAUUUGCCUACAUUACGAUCCCAUUCUAAAAUAACUCAUGGAAAAUGUAAUGCAUUUGUAUGCAUUGAUUGUAAAUGUUACACUAUGAGUGAUUAUGAAUCCUUUAUAAAACAUGUAAGAAGACACAGGAGGAGGUUAAGAAAAAGAUGCCAUUACUGCGAUGUCAACAUUAAAGAAGAUUCUUUAAGUGCACACGUCGCACAGCAUUUUGUCAAAUUACAAGUCCCGUGUACAUUAUGUGGAGAAAUACUGAAGAAUGAAGAGGCGUUACAGAAACACUUGGGUGAUUACAAUUCUGUUAAACCUAAACGCAAACCUCGGAGAAAACGAGGCACCCCAAUCACCAUAGCCGAUUUAACUUGCGAACUGUGUAAGAAAGUUUACAAAAAUCCCAACAGCCUACGGGAUCACAUGAAAAUCCAUACGAACGACCGGAAAAGGAACUACACGUGUGACAGAUGCGGAAAGAUGUUUUAUAACAAAGGCACCCUAACAUCCCACAUCAUGUCCCACGACCAGAUCAGGCCACACAUAUGCAGGAUAUGCAACAAGUCGUUUCUAUUUCCAAAUAUGUUGCGUAGGCAUGUGGAAAUGCACUCUGGCAUAAAGCCGUUCUCGUGUGAGCAAUGUGGACGUUGUUUCCGGCUGCAGUACCAGCUUAAUGCUCACAAAAUCAUACACACUGACGCGAUGCCUUACGUCUGUGAAUACUGCAACAAAGCGUUCCGCUUCAAGCAGAUCCUGAAGAACCAUGAACGACAGCACACUGGCGCUAAACCAUAUGCAUGUCAGCACUGCGGCAUGGAAUUCACUAAUUGGUCAAAUUAUAACAAACACAUGAAAAGAAGGCAUGGUACAGACACGUCAAAGAAAAAAAUAACGCCAGACGGUGUGUUCCCUAUUAAUCCAGAGACUGGUCAAAUUGUGCAGUUGAGAGACGCGGGAACGGAGGAAUGGAAGAGCAAGAUAAUGGUGCCGGGGAAACGAGGCAAGAAGAAGCUUAUAAAACAAGAAGAUGGUAGUUAG